UUCCAAAGUUAAUGGUUUAUAAAGAAAUACAAUAAAUUCCUACCACGUUAGAUCAUUGCUUUAGUCCUUUAAUCAGAAACCACUGUCUGCGUCUGGUCUAAAUUUAGCCUCACUAGGAACUCCUGAGUUCACAUUGUUGAGCAAAAGAUCAGCCUUCCUCUUGUUUUUCCCGGUAAAAUCACCUGAAACUUGAUCUGUGUCAAUAAAACGGACCUUGAGCUUUAUCAACUCAAGCAUGACACGAGGAAGCGACGGUGCACACGGCUGAAAGUGAAGCGCACAACAGUGAGCUUUCGGAUUAAACUAUGCUGGAUUUCCCCCGCCUGGGUGUGGAUGACUGGAAGGGGGAGACAAGGGAGAGAGGGGGGAGGCGUUGAGGAGGCAUCGUUGUGGAAACAGCGAUAAGAGCGGCUGAGGGCUGCGAGUGAUAAGGACACUGUACCUCCAAGUAAGUGGAAAAAUACCUUUUUUUUCAAACUAUAUACUUGUAUUUCUCAGCCUUUCUCUUUAAUUUUCCUGAAAUGAGCUUUUGGAUAAAGUGUUGUUUCCCCACUAAUAUAUGCUCCUUUUAAUGAGGACAAGUCUCUGCCUUCUCAAAUCUGACUCCACAUGCAACGUGCAAACGACACCUCGCACAUCUCACGUCUAUAAUGAGAGCAGAUUGCACUGACGGCAUUGCAGGAAGCUGCCAUGGAGCCGGGAUGCCAUAGGCGCCGUCUUGUCCAUUAUUAUUAUUUUUUUGGGGGGCGAAACCAGACUGUUUGUUGAGGUGAAAUAGGUCUGAGUUUGCUUCGUUCCCACUGAGUUGAAUGUUUGUUUCUUUCCCAUUCUGCUCGCCUCCCUUCCUCCAGCAGUAAUUGCCAAUUGCCGCAGGGAAAGGAAAUGAUGAUUUACCCGUAGUCCAUUCUGCCCUCCGCAAACAAAAUUAUAUGUAUAUUCAUUUCAAAGAAAAUCACAGAAAUUGAGUUAUUGUCUUGCUCAAAAUAUCCUUUACGAAAAAGAAUGAAUUUUAUAUUUGUUCAGUAUAUUAUAUACGACAUUAAAGCUGCACCAAUUCUUAUUUAUGUAAUGAUUCCUUUAGAUUAUGUGGAAAGUGUCACACAAAGAUAUAAAUCCACAGAAAAUUUAAAUAAAAUCAGUUUCCCUCCAGCUUCAAACUUCUUCUAAUGAUAAAACUCCAGGAACCAGAUGUCUAAUUGCAACAGGCCGUGGAUCAGUUCUUAGAGAUCAAAACAGAACUAAAAGAGUAAAUAUCGGAAUACACGACUCCACAUUCCUGCUAAUAAGUUUCCUAUAUAGACUUUUGUACGGUGAUGCGAUAGCUAACAAACACAAGAAUCAAGGAUCAAGAUGUUUUGGCUUCACUUUUGGGAAGACAUUGUUGCUCAUUUUAUUUGUCUAUGGUUUAAAUCCUUUUGGCAGCAGCCUAAAAAAUAUAUAUAUAUAUAUUUUACUACUAAAAGAAAAGCCCAGAAAGAGACACGGAGGUAUCACUCCAAGCUUAAACCUGUACAUGUGAUUUUGUCAUUUUGCUUUGCAUACUCAACAGCCAUGGAAACCACCAAUUGCUCCGUCGUGGACCAACUGACUCGCUACUACCUGCCCAUCUCCUACGGCGCCAUCUUCAUUGUGGGCCUGGUGGGCAACGUGACCUCCAUCGCCAUUUACGUGACCAAGCUGCGCCCCUGGCGGAGCAGCAGCAUCAUCAUGGUCAACCUGGCGCUGACCGACCUCCUCUACGUGCUCAGCAUGCCCUUCCUGGUCCACUACUACAGCACCGGGAACUGGCCGCUCGGUGACUUCAUGUGCCGCUUCGUUCGCUCCGGCUUCCACCUGAACCUGUACGGGAGCGUCCUCUUCCUGACGUGCCACGCGCUCUUCCGCUACGUUAUAGUGGCCAAGCCCAUGAGGGUGGCGCGGGUGCAGCGGAAGAUUUGGGGCGUGGUCGCGUGCGCAGCUGUCUGGUUCGUUGCCGCCGCCGAAAUCGGGCCCAUGUUUUCGGUGAUAUCGCUGUACCGGCCCGACAACGAGACCCUCUGCUUGGACUUUGCGAGCACUAAGCCCGUGGGCGACGUGUGCUGGUACAGCCGGCUGCUCACCGCCUUCGGCUUCUUGCUCCCCCUGGUGGUGGUGUCCCUGUGCUACAUCGGCAUCGUGAGAGCGUUGGCGAAGGGGCCCUACACCAGCAGCCCGACCCGGGCGCGGGCGCGCCGCGUGACCGUGCUGAUCCUGGUGGUGUUCGUGGUGUGCUUCCUCCCGUACCACGUCUUGCGCGUGUGGUGGAUCGAAACUCGGCACGGCGCGGGGGACGGCGAUUGCGCGGUGCGUGCGGCGUACAUCGUCUCCCGCCCUCUGGCGGCACUCAACACGUUUUUUAACCUGGCGAUGUACACGCUCUCGGGUGAUCAGUUCAGAAAGGCCUUCCUCAGGACCUUUUACUGGGACUAUGGCGUCACCAAGGCCAAGGUGCUGAUCCAAGUGGCCGUCAUCGACAGGGCACGACGCAGCGACGCGCCCGCCGCCUGACCCGCCGCCUGGCCGCGAUGUCGGUGGUCGCUGUGGUUUCAUCCCUUCGUACUUUCCAGGGACGAUAAAUGGCUCUACGUGCGUAUCAUAUGUAAAUAGAAGUGACUCCCGGUUAAAGUUGCCUUUCUAAAAUUGUCAUAGUCAAAGAAUAAUUUAUACGACUCACAAUGUGAUGGAUGUUUUGUCUGCUGAGUCUAGAAGGUUUCCAUUUGUAGUCCCACCGGCCGGCAGGACGCUUUUCAGAUGUUUAGUCAGUUUAAUUGAAAGAGAAAAUAAGCUUAUAAGGUUUUAGAUCAUAUUACACCUGCUUUGUGCUUUACUAUGGUUUUACUACACCACCUGUUUUUACUGCAUUAGAAAUGUGCUGAGAUAGUAUAAAGGAGAUAUGUAGGUAAAUGGACUGUUUUGUAAAGUGUUACCUCAACUGUAUUUAGUUUCAUAUAAAGUAUCAGUAACAGUUUAUGUUUCCUCUGUAUUUGCGACCGAAUUGUAUUGAUAAUUGACAAAUGGAACUUACGUUGCCAUAUUACAGCCAUUGUAGGUAAAAAAAAUAAUUUGGGGGUAAUAUUGAAAGAAGAAACUCCUUUAGAAUAAAGUUUACAAGUGAAGCUUAGAAGUUCUCUAAAUUAGAAAAGAGGAAUAAAACUGGAUGAACUUGCGGGAGAGCUUUCGUGCAUCAGGGCUCGUCUCCCCAACGGCGCGACAAAACCGCAGUUCACAGUUUUCCGCCGCUGCUGAUCUGUGAGGAGACUCUCCUCUGCCAACUACUCUCCCCCAAGGAGGGGGGUGGAUGGGGGGGGCGUAACUGAGAGCAAACCUGCCGGAACAAAUCCUCACUGUCAACAGAGGGCCGCCCUCCGCACGCAGAGGAAGCAGAUCACCUGUUUGUCUCUCACCUGCGAAGAAGAACUCCAUCCCGAGGCCAGAUGUGGCCCCCCUGGAUUUAUGGUUCAAUUUGGAAAAAACCGUCGGUGCGCCGAUAAAAAGUGCAAUAAAAAAGGUGGAAUCGAUGUAACAUUUGAGGCGCGUGUCGCUCCUCUGCGUCGCUUUGGCGGCCUCAUGUAACUCUGAUCUUUCUCUGAUGCGCGCUGUG